AUGAUCUUUCAUAUCUAUUGCUACUUUAGCGUCUUUGUACAACUCACAAGGUCCGCACGAGGCGAUAGCCAUUCGCGAUCACCUGAGACUUUGGACCUGCGCGAAUGGAUCGACCCAUUGAUUGGAAGUAGAAGCGGAGGCAAUGUUUUCGUAGGCGCAACUUUGCCAUACGGCAUGGCCAAAGGCAGUAACAUCACGGGAUUCUCUGCACUCCACGACUCUGGGACUGGAGGCAAUCCGAGCCUGGGCAACUUUCCCAUCUUUCCACAAAUCUGUCCGCAAGACGAUAUCAAUAGCUGCAAGUUCCCCAUUGGCGCACGAGCGACUCCUUAUCGCAACGACUCUGUCAAAGCACGACCUGGAUACUUCGCAGUCACACUUGAAAAUGGAAUCCAGGCAGACAUGGCUGUUUCUGAACACGCAGCGCUUUUCCGCUUUGACUUCUCACAGACUGCCGCCAGAAAUAGCAGUGCUAGCCCGCUGAUCUUGAUAGAUCUUACGGAUCUAUGGGCAAGUCGGCAGAAUGCUUCUAUCAGUGUAGACGCCAUGCCAGAUGGAAGAUCUGGCCGGAUCAAAGGAAACGGUACAUUUCUCCCAAGUUUUGGUGCUGGAUCAUACCAAGCAUAUUUUUGUUUGGAUGUGACAGGAGGAGCGAUUAAGGACUCUGGUGUAUGGGUCAAUGACCGAGCGGGCACUGAGCCAAAAGAGUUAUACGUCACGCGCGGCUUCAAUCUCUUCUAUCUACAAGCCGGUGGCUUUCUACGAUUCCAAGGACCCCUUUCUGGGCCUCUCCUCGCCCGAAUGGGUCUCAGCUUUACCAAUACUGAACAGGCGUGUGGAAAUGCUGAGCGAGAGAUACCUGGUCCCGACUUUCACUUUGAACCUCUGGUGACAGCGGCUGAGAGCGCAUGGCGCAAGAAAAUCGACCCGAUAUCGAUGAUACCCGGUGGCGUGGAGAACAGCAUACAGAAAAGCUUCUGGAGUGCCGUCUACCGAACCAUGAUCUCCCCCCAAGACUACACGGGCGAAAACCCACACUGGAAAAGCGACGAACCAUACUUUGAUUCAUUCUACUGCAUAUGGGACAUGUGGCGUGUUCAGCUGCCCUUCCUCACAAUACUAGAUCCUGCGAUGAUGUCCAAAAUAGUGCGCAGUCUUUUAGAUACUUACAAGCAUAGAGGAUGGCUACCAGACUGUAUGAUGAGCACCUGCAAGGGAUGGACACAGGGUGGCUCAGAUGCAGACAAUGUCAUCGUGGACGCGUACGUCAAGAACCUGACCGGUAUUGACUGGGAGCUCGCCUACGAAGCCGUGCUCAAUGACGCGCAAAACGAGCCUCUGGAGUGGAGUGUAGAAGGAAGAGGCGGACUCACCAGCUGGAAACGACUACAUUACAUCCCAUACCUUGACUUCGACCCCGUGGGCUUUGGGACAAAUUCUCGAAGCAUAUCACGCACGCUCGAAUACGCAUACAACGACUUCAAUCUGGCCACGUUGGCGAAAGGACUGAGAAAGGAUACUCACGCCACGUAUGCAGAACGGGCCAGAAAUUGGCGUAAUCUGUUCAAGCCCGAUCAAACAUCUUCAAUAAAUGGCACAGACACGGGCUUCAAAGGCUUCUUCCAACCAAAAUAUCUAAACGGCACCUGGGGGUAUCAAGAUCCCAUUGCCUGCAGUCCCCUCGCAGACUUCUGCUCGCUUACCUCGAACCCUUCUGAGACUUUUGAGUCUAGCGCGUGGGAAUACAUGUUCUUCGUGCCCCAUGACAUUGGCAAAGUGAUAGAAUUGCUGGGUGGGGAAGACACGUUCCUGAAACGACUUGACUUUUUCCAUUCAUCAGGUCUAGCAGACAUUGGCAACGAGCCCGUCUUUUUAACAGUCUAUAUGCCGCAUUACGCAGGACGUCCGGCGCUAUCUGCAGAACGCGUUCACUCUUAUAUUCCCUCCCGCUUCAACACCUCCCAAGCCGGCCUCCCCGGCAACGACGAUUCCGGAGCAAUGGCUAGUUUCACAAUCUUCAGCAUGAUAGGUCUUUUCCCCAAUCCAGGGCAGAACGUCUACUUCAUCACUCCCCCGUUCUUCGAAUCCGUCAGUAUCACAAACCACAUUACCAAUAACACGGCUACAAUUCGCAAUGUUAAUUUUGACGCGCAGUACGAAAGGAUUUAUAUACAGAGCGUGAAACUCAAUGGAAAGAAGUAUACGAGGAAUUGGAUUGGACAUGAGUUUUUUACGGAGGGGUGGACGCUGGAAUUAACGCUUGGGGAGGUGGAGAGCGAUUGGGGUAGGGGGGUUGGGGAUCGGCCGCCGAGUAUGUCGGAUGGAAGGGGCGAGGGGGAAGGUAUGAGCGCGUUCUAG